GUGGUGAAAAUGUUUUUCAGGUUAUAACCAUGCCUAAAAGAAAAUCAGAAAAAUCCAAAUAUCGCAGUUGGAGCGCAUACUUUGAUGAAACGCAACCAGAAGACUAUCAAUUUCUGGGUUUUUAUGAGCACCGUUCGAGGCAGACGGAUUUUGCUUCCUCAUUUCAGAAGGAGUCGCACAAGCUGAAAAAAGAUCUCAGUGAACUGAUAAAGUCUGGCUCGGACGAAAUGAAGGAGGGCGCCCGUCGAUUGGAAAAGAUUCGUAGGGGGCAUCGUAAGUACUUCAAAGAUGUCAAUAUGUUCUGGAAUCAAGUCGAGAGACGUCAUAGCGAGGCGGAGGCUUCUAGCUCCAUAGUGCGUGAUACAACAAAAGUUUUUAAAAAUUCAAUUGAAAAUGUCAAUGACUCCAUUAACAAUGUUAAUAACACAGUGAGACAACACAAAGAUGAUCACACUACGCCACGAGCCCGCUCUGUAUCAGUCGAAGUCAAGUAUUCUCCUCAGCCCAUGUUAAUAGAAUCACCAGAAGAAUCCGAUACUCUUUCGGGUAUUGAUAUUGUGCCCAAUUGUCCAGCAAUAAUUAAUGAUGUUGUAGGACUAGAAUUGGGACCAUUACCUCGAAAAGAAUCCAGAUGGUUCGUGGAUGACCGGAUGUCUCUGAAAAAUGGCAUCGUUUUAAGGAAAAAUCGCUGGAAUUGGCGAAUAGAGAAGGCCUUUUUGUGGAAAGCCACACACAGCAGAUAUUGUAUGCUCUUAAUUCCCAAACAACAUUCUCCGUUAAUGGUGGAGGGUUUCGGUGAUGAGUUACUAGAAAUGAUGCACAAGGAUAUCAUACAGAGACUUACCAAGCAAGAAACAGAGUUUGAUUGUGAAAUGUUGAUGGAGCUUAUUCGCAUUGUUAAG